GCCUCAGGUUCUUACAAUGGACCCUCCAGAUCAUACACAUCAUAAUUUAAAGGCUCCAAACAAUAAUUGUUCCGAGGCUAAGCCUGUGCUUAAUUUCUCUCUACAAACAGGAGAAGAGUUUGUACUUGAGUUCAUGCGUGAUCGUGUUAAUCCCGGCAAAAAUUAUGUUCCCAGUACUUCGGGUGAUCCUAGUUUUCCACAAGGUCACUUGGAGCUAAAAGGCAUCUUAGGCAUCAGUCAUACUGUAUGUGAAGAUGGUUCAGACACUUCCAUGCUAGCGAUGGUUGAAAAAGGUCCAAAAGAAUUUGAGAAACACAACUCUUCCUUACAUGAUGACAAAAAUUACAAUGGGUCAGUGGUAUCAGUGCAACAAGUAUCAUCAGAUUAUAAUAGUUUUGGUUCUCUUAUGUAUACCUCAUCUGGAAUAUGUGAUGAUUCUGUGGCAAAGCUUAAGGCAAUGUGUAGCUUUGGCGGUAAAAUAUUACCUCGGCCUAGUGAUGGGAAACUCAGGUAUGUUGGUGGGGAAACACGGGUUAUCUGCAUCAGGAAGGAUAUUACAUGGAAAGUAUUGUGGCAUAAAGCUGUUGCAAUAUAUGAUCUAACUCAUAUUGUAAAAUAUCAACUACCUGGAGAGGAUUUUGAUGCUUUGGUUACUGUGUCCUGUGACGAGGAUUUGCAGAAUAUGUUGGAGGAGUGCAAUGUCCUAGAAGAUGGAGAUAUUUCAAAAAAACUUAGGAUUUUCCUGUUUUCCAUCUCUGACUUGGAUGAUGCUCAUUCUAGUUUAACGAAUUCAGAUGCUGAUUCUGAAUUUCAGUAUGUAGUGGCAAUCAAUGGCUUGGAAAUGGGAUCAAGAAAUAGCUCAACUUUGCAUUAUCUAGGUUCUUCUUCAAACAACUUAGCUGAGUUGGAUGGAAACAACAUUGAGGACUCGAGUAGAUCUGUUAUGGGGUUUAUUGGUGCGAGUAACUUACCUUCAGCUGGUUUUGAUGACUCAUCAUUGAUCACUAAAUCUGCUAAUCCUAAUGUCCCUAUCCCCUCCAGUGCUUAUGACAUUGAUUUACGCAUUCAUUAUGGGCAGAAGGAAAAUUGUGAUAACAGUAAGCAGCAGCAGUUCCAAUUUGGUUUCAAUUCUAAUUCUCAUUUCAUAAAUAAUAUUGAAGGUCAAGGCUCCCAAACACAAGCAAAACAAUAUGGACCUGCUAUGUAUAAUAAAGCUUUUGUUCCUGAGUCUGUCACUUUAGCAGUUGAUUCAACAGAUUUAAGCUUCUCUGAUCCUGUUCCACCAACUCAGAGGGGUUUCUGUUCUAUGCAAAUUCCAAGAGGGGAGGUAGAGUUGCUCAGCAGGUUAUCAAAGUCGGAUGAUUCACACAAUUCACAGUUUCUUGCAACUCAUUCACGUGCAGAUUUUGCACAACAAGAAAUUCUUAAAGAAUCCAUUGACAAAAUGCAAAAUCGGAACAUGAACGAGCAGCUUGUUUCUACUGAAAAGUCAUUAUGCUGUGCUCCUCAAACUGCAGCACAUGAUCUUGGAGUGCCUCUGAAUUUGAAGCAGGUUAUUCCAAAUGCUGCAAAUAUGAAAAAUGUUGUGCAUGUGGAUCAGGUUCCCGUAGCUAAUCAUCAAACAGUAUGCACGGACAAUAAGUAUACGAACUUCUUAGUCAAGCAGACAGAGGAUAGAGGAUCAAGGCCAAACCCACUGCCCCAUGUGGAUGCUGAGAAUCACCAUGAAGAUGGGGGGGAUAUUCAUCUUAAAAUUCAUCAGGGCGAUAGGGAUGGCAGUAACUCUAACGAGAAAUCUCAACCUUCAGAUUGGACAGGGAAUUACAGAGUGUGUGUUCUUCAAGGGGAACCAUCUGUUGUGUUACCCAGGACUGAGCAAGGAGAUAUCUUGAUUGAUAUUAAUGACCGGUUCCCUCGUGAUAUCCUAUCUGAUAUAUUUGCAAAAGCUAUACUUUCUAAUAGUUCAUCCGAUAUUUCUCCAGUGCAGCAGGAUGGAGCUGGUAUGAGUUUAAACAUGCAAAAUGAGGAACCAAAGCACUGGUCAUUUUUUCAAAAAUUGGCAGGGGAUGAAUUUGUUAGGAAAGAUAUUUCGCUAAUUGACCAAGAUCACAUUACAUUCUCACCCAGUCUCCAGAAAGUUGAUGAAGAGCCUCCUUCAACAAUCAACUUGGAUCCGCAAAGAGAUAGUGGUGGGGAUGGUCCCAAAGAGCUGCCUCAUGCACUUGGUGAUGUUGAUAGUCAACUUCAAUUAGGGUUUGGUGCAACCCAGACAGAAGUUAGCGAGGACAUCCAUGAUGAUGUUAUGAUGGAUAAAUCUAAGGUGUUAGACAUCGAUUCUGAGGAUGGGUUUAAAAAUGUUGGACUGCCUCUAGGUCGUACACUUGCAGAAAUUGACAUCAACUCUCUGCAGAUCAUUAAGAAUGAAGACCUUGAGGAACUGAAAGAACUUGGUUCAGGUACAUUUGGCACAGUGUAUCAUGGAAAAUGGAGGGGAACAGAUGUUGCCAUUAAGCGGAUAAAGAAGAGUUGCUUCACUGGGCAAUUAUCGGAACUAGAGAGACUGGCCAUAGAGUUCUGGAGAGAAGCUGAGAUUUUGUCAAAGCUUCACCACCCAAAUGUUGUGGCAUUUUAUGGUGUGGUGCAAGAUGGACCAGGGGGUACACUAGCUACUGUGGCGGAGUACAUGGCUGAUGGUUCACUAAGACAUGUUUUGAUCCGCAAAGAUAGGCAUCUUGAUCGUCGUAAACGACUCAUAAUAGCAAUGGAUGCGGCAUUUGGUAUGGAGUACUUGCAUUCUAAGAAUAUUGUGCAUUUUGAUCUGAAAUGUGACAAUUUGCUGGUGAAUUUGAAAGAUCCAUCACGACCAAUCUGCAAGGUAGGUGAUUUUGGUUUGUCAAAGAUAAAGCGGAACACCUUGGUUUCUGGUGGUGUGAGAGGAACGCUACCAUGGAUGGCUCCAGAGUUGCUAAAUGGUAGCAGCAGCAAAGUUUCUGAAAAAGUUGACGUGUUUUCUUUUGGUAUUGUCCUGUGGGAGAUUCUCACUGGAGAGGAACCUUAUGCCAAUAUGCAUUAUGGAGCUAUUAUAGGAGGUAUUGUGAACAAUACUCUUAGGCCAACAAUUCCUAACUACUGUGAUUCAGAAUGGAGGUGCUUGAUGGAGCAAUGCUGGGCCCCAAAUCCUGCAUCUAGGCCCUCUUUUACAGAAAUUGCCAGCCGAUUACGGUUAUUGUCGUCUGCUUCCCAGAACAAAACUACCGGUCAAAAGGCAACUAAAUAAUAGUUGU